AUGUUGACCGAGUCUGUGACAGAGCUCACAUCGCUGAUUCACGACCCUACAACCGACCCCGAAUUACGCUCGCUCGCUGCCGAUGAUCUCGGAGAAUCACGAACACAACUCGCCAAUGCAUCGCAGAGUCUGAUCACUUCCCUUGUGCCAGUGCACCCGUUUGCGCACUUGCCAUGCAUUCUGGAGAUACGUCCUGGAGCGGGCGGGUCAGAGGCAGCUAUCUUCGCUGGUGACCUGUUCCGUAUGUACCAAACAUUUUGCAAUCGCAGUGGCUUUCGGACGAGCUUGUUGAAAUAUGAGAACGUCAACGGGACAACAGAAGCUGGAGUACCGCUCUCCGAAGCUAUCUUUGAAAUAGAGAAUGCCGAUGCAUAUGGCGUUUUCAGAUCUCAGGAAGAUUUCGAAAAUCCUGAGAGCGACUACUACAUCGACCAAAAGGAAAUCAAGCUCGAAGUCAUGAGAGCAAGCGGUGCGGGUGGUCAGCAUGUCAACAAGACAGAAUCUGCUGUGCGCCUGACCCACAUACCGACCAACACGGUAGUUUCUAUGCAAGAUUCUAGGUCACAGCACAAGAAUAAAGAGAGUGCUUGGUCGCUCAUGCGCUCGCGAAUCGCCCAAUUGAGACGCGAGAAGAGGGAAGAAGAGAUGGUCAAUCUACGAAGGAGCGUUGUUGGCGUGGCGAAGAUGGGCCGCGGAGACAAAGUUCGCACCUACAACUGGGGUCAACAACGAGUCACGGACCAUCGAAGCGGCAUCACUGUGCACGAUCUAGACGAUGUGAUGGGAGGAGGCCAGACGCUCGAGAAAGUCAUGGAGAGUGUUCGUGGUUGGCUCAUGGAGCGAGAUGUCGAAGCUUUGAUCGCCGAGGAGAGCCAGAAGAAGUGA